ACGAUUCCAGAUUGGCUGUCACCAGAUCACCAUAUGUCCAUAGCCUAUUUAACAUCUAUCGAAAUGCUUUCACCUUCUCACGGUCGGGGAAAACACUCUGGUUUAUAGGUCAACCUCAAAGAUUCGAGUUCUAGGCCAAAUCCAUCAAACAAAUCAAGAAUGUCGGAGACACCUUUUAGACCCAGGGAGAAGCUUAUGGAGAAGCAGAAGCAUUUCCAAAACAUUCACAAAUACACAUACUUGAAAGGUCCCUUUGACAAGGUCACUUCAGUUGCCAUUCCUCUUGCUUUGGCAACUACUUCUGUGUUUCUCAUUGUACGCGGAGUCUACAAUAUGUCUCAUGGGAUAGGAAAGAAGGAAUGAGAGCUCUCUCCUAGUUUUAUGAGGGCCCCCUAAGUUUGUUACCUUGGAUGACCUUUUUAUUCAUAUAGUUUUAAAUGGAGGUUGUUGAAGGUUUUCUGUUUCAAUUUUAACAAUGGCAGUCUCAAAUUGACACAUUUGAACUUAUAUUUUUCAAACUUUCAGGUUUUGGAAUCUGUGGUAAAGAAUUUUUCAUUCUUAAUUCUCAUCACAUUCUUAAUAAGAUUUUGCAUUUUUUGCUUUUUCUA